AGUCAGCGUCAGAGCAGGCCUGCAGGUCAAUAAUCUGAUGAUCAUCAGUGUAUUAUUGCUCACCCUAACAGGAGCCGAUGAGACAGGCUGCGUUAUUCACAUCUUAACUUUUCGCCCGGGGCUCAUUUGUCUCUAAACGAACCAUGGAGCAGUUUCGGGGCUUAUUUGCUAAACUGGAUCGAAACCAGGAUGGAUUCAUAUCUGUGGCGGAGCUCCACAACGAAAUGAGGAAGCAUGGGAUCCUCUCAGAUGACAAGGUCCAGAAUAUCAUUGAUUCUUAUGACAAAGACAGAGAUGGCCUGUUGGAUUAUAAAGAGUUCCUCAGCUACAUGAAGGACAGAGAGAGGAAAUGGAAAAUUUACUUCCAUGACCUUGACAAGAACAAGUGCGGAGUGAUUGACCAGGAGGACAUCAUAUGUUUGUUUAAGGAGUUAGGAGUGGUCAUAUCAAAGCCGAAUGCAAAAAAAAUAAUUCAAAUGAUGGAUAAGGACAGUUCGAUGACAGUGGACUGGGGCGAAUUCCUGCACCACGUCAUUCUCAACCCCGUGGACAACAUUGGGGAGCUGGUGUCCUCAUGGAAACACAGUCUGGUUUUCGAUGUGGGCGAGAGCCGUGCAAUGCCCAUCGAGUUCCCCGAGGAGGCGUCUGGUUUUGGUGUGUGGAGGACGUUUGUUCUCGCUGCAGGGCUGGCAGAUGCUGUAUCCCGAAGUGUGACGGCCCCCAUCGACCGCCUCAAGACCCAGCUUCAGGUUCAUGGAUCCAAGGCCUUCUCCCAAGGCUUUCAGGAGUUGAGGGCAGGUGGUCUGCGGUCGAUGUGGCAAGGCAACGCCGUCAAUGUGCUGAAAGGAACGCCGCAGUCAACGCUCCAGUGUCUCAUCUACGCCCAGAUGAAGGUGUACACCCAAAGCAGAACGCAGGAGACCCUGACGGUGCAGCAGCGUUUCGGCUUGGGUUGUGUGUCCGGUGCUGUCGCUCACGCUGCCUUCUACCCUUUAGAGGUGCUCAAGGUGAGGUUGAACCUGCAGCAAGCUGGAACCUACAAUGGUGUCGUAGCUUGCGCACGAUCAAUUUACAGGCAGGAGUCGAUGUCCUCCUUUUACCGAGGAUUCAAGCCGAGCAUCCUCUGCAUGAUCCCCUACGCAGGCGUGGAGUGUGCAGUUCAUCAGUCAAUCAUGAACUGGGCAAAGAGUGAUCCUGCCUACAACAGUGACUCCAAACUGUUUUUCUUCAGUUUCGUGGCCUUUGCUUCUGGACAAAUGACCAGUUACCCCCUUGCAGUGAUCAGGACCCAGCAGCAAGCACAAGCUUUCAGCUCAGAUUCACGUCCAGCUUCAGGUGUAUUACAAGGACUUAUAGGGAUAUAUGAAAGACGUGGAAUUAGAGGUUAUUAUAAUGGAAUGGGAGCCAGCUUUGUCAGGGCUAUUCCGUGUGCUCUGAUAAACUACACUUUAACUAGAAAAUUUGAAAACCUGUUUUCUUCAACAGAGUCUUGAAUGGAGCAGGAGGUUGCUUUCUUUCUGUGGUGAACUGUUACUUUAAAAAACUUUUUUUUCAGGGAUUUGAUCAGGAACACAAAACAAAAGCUGUGAAUUAUGCAACCUUCAAUACAUCUGUAGCUUCAAGGUUUAGCACUGACAAAGAGCACGAGACAUGAGGUUUUUAAAUGCACCUCACUUAAAUGCUGAUGCAUGGGUGACUUUAAAUUGUGACCAAGCAUAAUAAUCCUCUCUGGGCUCUGUAAACGAAGACAUGUGUUGAAAUGUGAG